AUGAGAAAGAAACUUGCAAGCAAGAAAAUAGCUGCACAUAAAGACCAGCCAGCACCUUGUGUUCAAGUAAUCAGAGAUCCCCCUGAAGGCAGCAGGGAAACAGAAUCUACCAAGAUUCAAUUGGCAAUGAGAGAGGCACUCACUGGCAAGAAAAAAGCUGCACACAAGGGUAUUGAAGUAAACAGAGACCCUCCUGAAGGGAGCAGGGACACAGAAUCCGCCACCAAGAUUCAGUUGACAAUGAGAAAGACACUUGCCAGAAAGGAAAAAGCUUCAACCAAAAACCAGAAGUCUACUAGUCAACAGAGCAUCCAGGAUUUUUGGUGA